UUCUCUGCGCACAGCAGCGUGCGUUAUGCAGCAGCAACGGCCACGUGGCUGGGCCAGGGCGCUCCCACCCCGCUUCCAGCGAGGUGGGGUUUUCCCCGGCCGCCCGCCUGCUAGCCCAGAAAAGGCCCCAGAGAUGGCAUUUUUAGGAGCAGGUUCUUUGACCCGGCGAGGAAGGAAUCUUUUCCUGGAGGAGGAGGAGGAGAACGUGUAGCAGCAGCAUCUGCAGAUUUAUUCUUUGCAACGAAAUACGCAGCUGUCACAUUGAGAGCGCUUUUGGGGACGGUCCAAGGACAGGAAAGAGGCUGCCGGCUGGAGGUGUAAAUCUUGACCGUGGCACUGCCCAGUGAAGUGGCUAUCACUGGACUUCGGGAUAAAGAGGAGAGACCUGUGCCCAGGACAUCUGUCUCCUUUCCCAGCGGCUGCGGUCACCUUGCAUCAUGGGCAACGGCAUGAACAAGAUUCUCCCUGGACUGUUUCUUGGAAACAUCAUAGAUGCCAAAGACCUUGAUCAGCUGAGCAAGAACAAUAUCACCCACAUCGUUUCCAUCCAUGAGUCUCCGCAGCCCUUCAUUCCGGGCAUCACUUACCUUCGAAUCGUUCUACCAGACACGCCCGAGGCGAACAUCCUGGCGGGGAUCUCGCGCAGCACCACCAUCGUCCUGGCCUACCUCAUGGCGGUGACGCAGCUGGGCUGGCACGAGGCCCUUGAGGCGGUCAAGGCUGUGCGGCCAGUGGCCAACCCCAACCUGGGUUUCUGUCAGCAGCUGGAGGACUUUGGACGUAGCCAGUCCGUGCAGAAGAUCCGCCGGAGACUCGAACGCAAGUACGGAGGAACCCCUUUCCAUGAUAGCGAAGCCGUCCGAGUCCUUCUGCCGUCCAGCCAAAGGCAGGAGCCCCCCAGCACCGAGAGGGCUUUGCAGGCCCUGGGGCCGAAGAGCAGAAGCGUAAAGCACAUCGAUUCCUUUCUGAUGCGGGUGAAGGAGACGUGUUCCUGUUUGCCAGGCUGUCUUAAAUGAGACUUCCUGAGGCCUUUGGAAAAUGCAAGGAGACUCCCCACAGUGGGCUCGUAAAGGCAGCGCCUGGCUGAGAAGAUGGCAUCGGAGGAGGGAAAUGCAGGGACCAGGCGGAGCUGGAGAAGAGAAACUGCAAAAGGUUGGCAGUGCCAGGCAGAGCUGGCUUGCUUUCUGCUGCUCCAAACCUAUAGCAACUGAGGAGGUGGUUACUCCCCAGGAACCCCAAAGCCCCACUGGAAGCACCCCAAAAAUGGUGGACUGAAAUCCCAGGACUUGUGAAUUAUCUGGAGAUCCGGACUACCCAGACGAGAGAUUUUUGGCAGGAAUUGGCAGCAAAACUAGAACCCUACUCUUUUGAAUAAAA